AUGUGUUACAGUCAUGAAAACGGUGAUACAUCCAAAUGUGAUAAAAGUACCGUCGUUGGCCAUUGGAUUGGAUCGUACGGACUUGCGGCCUCAUAUUCAGCAGCAAGCAUAGGCAUGACUUUGCGGGUACGGCAAAAUUAUGAAGUGACGGAUAACGCAUACGGUCAUGAUGAAUGGGGACCUUUGGUGGCUGCCAACGCUGUUCUACAAUGUCCUAAUGGGCAGGAAUGGAGCAACGUUACCAGUAUACCAGAGUGA